CUAAAUGUUGUUUUAGUUAAAGUCUAAAACGUCGUCGGAUUAACUCAGUUGUUCGUCGCAUCGAAUCAUCGGAGGUGAUGGAGGAACCGGAGUGUCCGGUGUGUCUACAGUCUUACGACGGCGAGUCUACUGUCCCGCGCGUACUCGCCUGCGGACACACGGCGUGCGAAGAAUGCUUAACAAAUCUACCCAAGAAGUUUCCGGACACAAUCCGAUGUCCUGCUUGCACCGUUCUCGUCAAGUUUCCACCUCAAGGACCAUCAGCUCUCCCCAAAAACAUUGAUCUUCUCAGAUUGUUCCCUUCGAUUUCGAAGCUUAAGCUGGAACCUGGCCGGAAUUUUGAAAAAGUCGUUGAAUUUGUCACUCGAUCAUGGUCCGACGACUUUUACGCCACUUGGAAGGAUCGGAUUCUAGUGCACGACGCCGUUUCCGUGGAAAUUAGGGAGAGUGAAAGUAGUGAUUUUGAUUCAUCUUCGCGUUUAUGUGGAAGUCUGAGGGAUGAUUCGAAGGUGAGUCUUUUACGGGUUGCUUCGUUCGAGCAUGGUGAUUGUGAUUCUGUCCUCAAGUAUAGUUAUGUCCAGAGGAUGAUGAGUUGUCUGUGGGGUAUGCGAGAGGAGGAAAGAGAUGAGCUUGAUGCGAUCAUCUCUGUUAAACAGAGAGGUGUUUCUAAAGUUUUUGGCUUGUGGGGUGAUUUGAAGAAUGGUGUUUUGUAUUUAGUGGGUGAAAAGCUCAUUGGAUUUUCGUUGGAGGAGUUUGAUAGCCUCGAAGAUGAGACUUUACGUUUAGGAAUAAUUGGUAUGCAAAUAUGUGAGGCACUACUUAAUUUGCAUAAGGAAGGGUUGAUCACAGGCUGUUUGAGUGUUUCUUGUGUGAAGUUUGACGAAUAUGAGAAUGCUUAUGUUGAUUUGAUUGAGUUGAUUGAAACUGGAAGGAAUGUGUAUCGAAUUAUCGCUGAAGAAACUAGCUCUUUGAGAAAACCAGUUGGUGCUUCGGAAAUGGGUUUGAUUUUUGUUGGGUUACAACAGAAGGGGAUUUUUAUUAGCUCAGAGGUGUUGUUUGAAUUUUUGAAAGAACAGAAUAUGUUAAUAAAAAAUACCAGCUCAAAAUCUUUUGUUUCACAUAACUCUGAUGUUUGGCCAGUGUGUUUUCUUCUCCUCAAGCUUCGUCUUGGAAAACGGUGUACCGAGGAGUUUAUUGAAAGUGUGAAUUGUGUGGAUGGAAAAGGCUGUGAAGAGGGUAUUGAGGAUAUCUUGGUGCUAUACACAGGUAUUACGGAGAAACUAAGUUUGGAAUCUGAACUCCAAGGGAAGUUUAAAUCGAUGGUUGAAAUUCUUCGUCAAUGUUGCUGUCUUGAUCCUCAGGCACGUCCCGUUUUGACUGAUCUAUGGAAAUGCAUCAGGGAGCUGGUCAUGAAACCUAGGUUCAAUUCUAUGAGUAGAUUGCAUAAGACGAUUUAUGGGAAAAGGAAACAGUUCUGUUUGGCUCAAAGUGAAUUAUGUCGCCUGGUAGAAGUGGAAUCCAAAGAAGUGGACAAAGAGUUGCCUGGAAUGAAAAUUGGCGAUGAAGCAGAGGAGGGUAAGGUUGACAUAGAUUUUCCGGGGAGAGUCUCAGAAGGAAAGGUGAGAUCUAAAGACAUGCGGGGACACCAAGACUCUGUCACAGGUUUAGCCGUUGGAGGUGGGUUUCUCUUCAGCUCUUCAUAUGAUAGAACUAUCCUUAUAUGGUCUCUGAAGGACUUCUCCCAUGUGCAUACAUUUAAAGGUCAUCAGGAUAAAGUAAUGGCCUUGAUACACAUCGAGGGAACAGAACCAGUAUGUGUUAGUGGCGAUGGUGGAGGAGGUAUCUUUGUAUGGAGCACUACUUUUCCUCUGGAAGAACAGCCGCUAAGAAAGUGGUAUGAGCCAAAAGACUGGCGAUAUACUGGCAUUCAUGCAUUGGCAUACUCAGAAUAUGGGCAUGUGUACACUGGCAGUGGAGAUAACACUAUCAAAGCUUGGUCACUGCAAGAUGGAAGCCUGCUUUGCACUAUGAGUGGUCAUAAAUCUGUAGUCUCAACGCUUGUUGUGGUAAAUGGAGUACUAUACAGUGGAAGUUGGGAUGGAACCGUUCGUUUGUGGAGUCUAAGUGACAACAGUUUGUUGACAGUGUUGGGGGAAGAGACUCCAGGUAUUGUAAGAUCUAUUCUGUCUCUAGCUGCAGACGAUCAAACUCUAGUUGCAGCUUAUCAAAACGGAGAUAUACAGAUAUGGAGGGAUGAUACAUUGAUGAAGUCAAUGAAAAUACAGAAUGGCGCAAUCCUCAGCAUUGCCGUGAAUGGUAAAUGGCUAUUCACUGGAGGUUGGGACAAAACCAUCAAUGUACAGGAAUUGUCAGGAGAUGAGAUAUCAGUAAACUGUGCUCACGUUGGUUCAAUCCCAGGUUCAUCAGUAAUCACAUCUUUGUUAUAUUGGGAAGGCAAGCUCUUUGCAGGGUUUGCAGAUAAAACCAUUAAGGGGAAUUUGGGUCGUUUGAAGAGGAAUGUACAAGAUUUUACGAGCAUGAAUUAUUGGGUUGUCCGGGACUACUACCGUCUGGUGGAAUCUGUCAAUUCCCUUGAACCACAGAUUCAAAGCCUUUCCGAUGAACAGGUUAAACUUAGUCUGAAAGCUAAAACUGCUGAAUUUCGAGAAAGAUUAGCACGAGGGGAGUCCCUAGCAGAUAUGCAAGCUGAGGCAUUUGCUGUUGUCCGUGAAGCUGCAAAGAGAACAAUUGGAAUGCGUCAUUUUGACGUGCAGAUAAUUGGUGGAGGAGUGCUUCAUGAUGGAUCCAUUGCGGAGAUGAAGACAGGUGAAGGGAAAACACUAGUUUCUACCUUAGCUGCAUAUCUUAAUGCAUUAACUGGUGAGGGCGUUCAUGUGGUUACUGUGAAUGAUUACCUGGCACAGCGUGAUGCUGAAUGGAUGGGUCGUGUUCACCGCUUCUUAGGCCUUUCAGUUGGUCUCAUUCAGAGAGGGAUGAAAGCUGAAGAGAGAAAAUUCAACUAUAGCUGUGAUAUAACAUACACCAAUAACUCGGAGCUUGGAUUUGAUUAUCUACGAGAUAACCUUACUUCAAACCGUGAACAACUUGUUAUGAGAUGGCCAAAACCAUUUCACUUUGCAAUAGUUGAUGAAGUGGACUCAGUCCUCAUUGAUGAAGGCAGAAAUCCUUUGCUAAUUAGUGGUGAGGCUAACGAAAAUGCCGCACGAUAUCCAGUUGCUGCUAAAGUGGCUGAACUUCUCGUAAAGGAUAGUCAUUACAAAGUUGAACUGAAAGAAAACUCAGUGGAACUCACAGAAGAAGGCAUAUCUCUUGCUGAAAUGGCUCUUGAGACGGGUGAUUUAUGGGACGAAAAUGAUCCAUGGGCAAGGUUUGUUAUGAAUGCUUUGAAAGCUAAAGAAUUUUACAAGCGGGAUGUCCAAUAUAUUGUGAGAGAUGGGAAAGCACUUAUAAUCAAUGAGUUGACUGGAAGAGUUGAAGACAAAAGGAGAUGGUCUGAAGGAGUUCACCAGGCUGUGGAGGCUAAAGAAGGUCUAGAAAUUCAGGCUGAUUCAAUUGUUGUGGCUCAAAUCACCUAUCAGUCGCUCUUUAAACUCUAUCCAAAGCUCUCCGGGAUGACUGGGACAGCAAAAACAGAAGAAAAAGAAUUUUUGAAAAUGUUUCAGAUACCUGUUAUUGAAGUUCCUACAAAUUUGUCAAAUAUUCGAAUCGAUCUACCAAUACAAGCUUUCGCGACUGCUCGGGGUAAAUGGGAACAUGUUCGUCGAGAAGUUGAAGAUAUGUUUGGACAAGGUCGACCUGUUUUAGUAGGAACAACAAGUGUAGAGAAUUCUGAAUAUUUAUCAGAACUGCUGAAAGAAUGGGGUAUACCUCACAAUGUCCUGAAUGCACGACCCAAGUAUGCUGCCAGGGAAGCUGAUUUUAUAGCCCAAGCAGGAAGAAAAUAUGCCAUCACCAUUUCCACAAAUAUGGCUGGUAGGGGUACUGACAUUAUUCUGGGAGGAAAUCCGAAGAUGCUUGCAAGGGAAAUCAUAGAAGAUAGCAUCCUUUCAUAUCUAACGAGUGAAGUUUUGGCUGAUAAUAUUGACGAUGAUGAGUUAUCACAGAAGGUAUUGUCAAAAAUAAAAGUAGGACCAUCGUCAUUAGCUUUGCUAGCCAGAGCUUCUCUUAUGGCAAAAUAUGUUGGCAAAAGUGAAAGUAAGAGCUGGACAAGGAAAAAAGCAAAGUCCGUGGUCACAGAAUCUUUGGAGAAAAGCCAGACCAUGGAUCCUAUGGAACUGCAGAAUCUUAUCAAUGAGCAGUCAGAGAUGUACCCAUUAGGCCCUGCUAUUGCUCUGGCUUAUCUGUCCGUCUUAAAGGACUGUGAGGCCCAUUGUCUGCAUGAAGGGUCUGAAGUGAAGAGGCUUGGAGGCCUUCAUGUGAUUGGGACUUCAUUGCAUGAGUCUCGGAGAAUUGAUAACCAGCUUCGUGGCAGAGCUGGAAGGCAAGGAGAUCCUGGAUCCACGCGGUUUAUGAUAAGCUUGCAAGAUGAGAUGUUUCAGAAGUUUAAUUUUGAUACUGAGUGGGCUGUGAGACUUAUAUCAAAGAUUACAAACGAUGAAGACUUACCAAUUGAAGGUGACACAAUAGUAAAACAGCUUCUAGCUCUCCAGAUCAACGCAGAGAAAUACUUCUUUGGCAUAAGAAAAAGCCUGGUCGAGUUUGACGAAGUGCUAGAGGUUCAAAGGAAGCAUGUCUAUGACUUAAGGCAACUGCUGUUGACGGGUGAAAACGAAAGUUGCUCUCAGCAUAUAUUCCAGUACAUGCAAGCUGUUGUAGAUGAAAUCGUUGUUGGGAAUUCUAAUCCGCAGAAGCAUCCAAGAUACUGGAGCUUGGCCAAGUUAUUGAAAGAGUUCAUGGCUAUUUCGGGAAACCUACUGGAUGAGUCAUUUUCUGGGAUCACAGAAGAGACCAUGUUACAGUCCCUUGAAAACCUGCAUGAGGGAAGUUCAAUAGAAAUGGAAGACUUGUCCCUUCCGCACCUGCCAAAACCUCCAAACGCUUUCAGAGGAAUUCGCAGGAAGAAUUCUUCACUAAGACGUUGGCUUGAUAUCUGCUCCGAUAAUUUGACGGGGAGUGGGAGUUACCGAACAUUGAUUAAUCUUCUCCGGAAGUUCCUAGGUGAUUAUCUGAUUGCUUCAUACUUAAAUGUUGUUCAAGAAUCUGGCUUUGAUGAUGGAUACAUAAAAGAAAUAGAGAGAGCAGUUCUUUUAAAGACGUUGGAUUGCUACUGGAGAGAUCAUCUUGUGAACAUGAAUAAACUAAGCUCAGCGGUGAAUGUCAGAAGUUUUGCGCAUAGAAACCCUCUAGAAGAAUAUAAAAUCGAUGGAUGUCGGUUUUUCAUCUCAAUGCUUAGCGCAACUAGAAGGCUAACCGUAGAAUCAAUCUUGCAGUACUGGUCAUCCCCGAUGGAAUCCCAAGAACUAUUCAUAUCAUAAGAUUGUAUACACACUGUAAUCAAUUUUAUUACCUGAG